AUGUGGCUCCAUGGCCAAUUUGCAGUUCUUGUUUUGCUGCAAUCGGCGAUCAUAACUACCUUCGUUGCUACAAUCUUGUUCACAACACGAGGACAGACAAUCGCCCGAGUAAUCGGCGUCACGGUAUUGGUCGCACUAUCUAUAGGGCUGCAUUCCUCAUGGCUGCAACUUAUCACGAACCCCCACUGGCGGGCAAUCGCUGCGCCGCUUACCUGGAUUCAGUUCCUUAGCGCGUCGGAACUGAUCUUAGGUAUACGCGCAUCUGAGUCUGACUUUCGGACAACAGACCGAUUACGACUUGUGGUUCUGAUGCUGUGGAACUUGCGGAGAAUUGGCACGAGGUGGAUAGUCAAGAACACACCCGCCGGACCGAAGCAGAGUCGAGCUGGGUUCGUAUGGCGUCGAGCAACGGCCACGAUCGUAGCGUAUCUGGUUCUUGACGCGAUGGUGUCAGCCCCGGUACCUGAUGUCGCGCUGUUCAGCAUCCAGAAACAAACCUUAUGGGACCUACGAACCUUGACUUGUGAAGACUACGUGUUCCGGACGAUCGCCACAGCAUCGUUCUGGGUCAGCGUUGCCCUGCUUCUCUUCAUCAUUAACAACUGCGGAGCCCUCUUGAGUGUCAUCUGCUUGCGUUGCUCUGCAGGUGAUUGCCCACCAUUGUUUGGUUCGUUUGCCGAUGUAGCAAGCAUCCGUCAGUUCUGGGGUGCAGUAUGGCAUCAAUGCCUUCGGGCAGUCCUCACUGGGCAUGCAGAUCUGCUUGCCGACUCGGUGUUCCGAAUUCCACGAAAAACUGCGUUAUCAAAGUACACUCGACUGUGGUUGGCGUUCCUAAUCUCAGGCUUGAUUCAUUACAUCUCUGAUAUUGCCAUGGGUGUUGAACCGUCUCAAUCAGGCAGUCCGGUUUUUUUUGCUUUGCAGGCAUUCGGUAUCUCGGUAGAAGAUGGUUUUCAAGCCCUGGUCAGCCGGUGUCGUUGGAACGAAAGAGAACGAAUCCGGAAAAGUGGAAGGAGCCUCAUUCGCAUCUGGGUGAUUGGCUUUCUUGUCUGGUCAACGCCUACCUGGUUCUAUCCACAGCAGCGGCUUAGAAUAGAUGCAACAAGCCUGCUUCCUAUUCGGGUCAUCCCGACUAUCAUCCAAACUUUGGCUCGUUGA